AUGUCUUCCGUUACCGGGUUUUACAUUCCACCAAUUUCCUUCUUCGGUGAAGGCGCUCUUGAAGAAACCGUUGAUUACAUCAAGAAUAAGGAUUACAAGAAGGCUUUGAUCGUUACCGAUCCUGGUAUCGCAGCUAUCGGUCUCUCCGGUAGAGUUCAAAAAAUGUUAGAAGAAAGUGGUUUGAACGUUGCUAUCUAUGACCAAACUCAGCCAAACCCAAACGUUGGCAACGUCUUGGCCGGUUUGAAGGUUUUGAAGCAACAAAACUCUGAAAUUGUUGUUUCUAUUGGUGGUGGUUCCGCUCAUGAUAAUGCAAAGGCCAUCGCUUUAUUAGCUACCAACGGUGGGGAAAUUGGCGAUUAUGAAGGUGUCAACCAAUCAAAGAAGGCUGCUCUUCCAUUGUUCGCUAUCAACACUACUGCUGGUACCGCUUCCGAAAUGACCAGAUUCACCAUUAUCUCUAACGAAGAAAAGAAAAUUAAAAUGGCCAUCAUUGACAACAACGUCACUCCAGCCGUUGCCGUCAACGAUCCAUCUACCAUGUACGGUUUGCCACCUGCUUUGACUGCUGCCACAGGUCUAGAUGCUUUGACUCACUGUAUUGAAGCUUUUGUCUCAACUGCAUCUAACCCAAUUACUGAUGCCUGUGCCUUGAAAGGUAUUGAUUUGAUCGAUGAAAGUUUGAUUAGUGCAUACAAAAACGGUAAAGACAAGAAGGCUAGAACUGAUAUGUGUUACGCCGAAUACUUGGCUGGUAUGGCUUUCAACAAUGCUUCUCUAGGUUACGUUCACGCUAUUGCCCAUCAACUUGGUGGUUUCUACCACUUGCCUCAUGGUGUCUGUAAUGCUGUCUUGUUACCUCAUGUCCAAGAAUCCAACAUGCAAUGUCCAAAGGCCAAGAAGAGAUUAGGUGAAAUUGCUUUGCAUUUAGGUGCCACUAAAGAAGACCCUGAAGAAACCAUCAAAGCUUUGCACGUUUUUAACAGAGCUAUGAACAUUCCAAGAAAUUUGAAGGAUUUGGGUGUCAAGACCGAAGAUUUUGGCAUUUUGGCUGACAAUGCUAUGAACGAUGCCUGUCACUUGACCAACCCAGUUCAAUUCACCAAAGAACAAGUUAUUGCUAUUUUGAGGCAAUCUUACGAAUAUUAA